GUAUUCGCUCUCGCACCUUUUUCUUCCCAUCCGAGCGCUCGAGUUUGCCAAAAAUAAUAAUCAUUCACAGGUGUGCUGAAUUUCUCUUGCGACUCGUUCGCGCGUUGUUCAAUACUAGUCGUUGUCCCAUUCUGCGGGAGUGACGGUCGACGCGUCAGCGACAAAAUUGAGCUUCCAGAGACGUUUUACCUGACGACUUCUCACUAAAUAUUAUUACUCUUCUCCGAGCGCUUUUCCCAACCGAUGGAUGGCCUAUGUAACUGCGUGCUCUUAACACUAGCCUUCGAUUGUAGCAACGGUGAACUCGACAGGUUCGAUCAGAGUGAGAUCUAGGCGACGUGCCCACUGAAUUAUUCUUCAACUGGUCUAUCGCGGAUACUGGUUUUUCAGGGUCGAAUACAACGAACCUUGACAGAACUUGGGACAAUACGUAUUUUCCAACUUUUCAAAAAUAUAGACCAUCAAGAAACGCCGACUCGAACCGUGGAGAACUAGAAACGAUCGCAAUCGGUCUCACGUCCCGCCGAACUAUAGACCAGCCGUGCCUGUGCACAGCUAUCGUAGAAUAUGCGGGUCAUUGGACUUUUUUUGACGCUUCUUCUCGUGUGCAAGGCGGCUUCUCGACAAGUCGAUUUUUGUUACGCCGAGGAUGAAGAUCCGUACUUGUAUCUAGCGAGUAAAACAUCCUAUCACUUCGUGCACGGCGGUAAAACGCGUUUUCAAACAGUACCAGAAUGUCAGCCGGUCCAGAUUUGGAUGGCGAGUAGACACGGUGCCCGUUAUCCAAAAGUCGAGUCUGUCAACAAGCUUUCAGAUCUGCCAAAGUUGAGGGAACAAAUAGUCUACAACCACGAGCAUCGAGGAAACGGCCAUCUUUGUAAUCAAGAUUUGGACAAUUUGAAAUUAUGGAAUCCGAAUCCUAAUCUGACUCCGGAUAUGGCACUCAAAUUGACUCCCGAAGGUGCCGAAGAUUCGAUGCUAUUUGGUAGAAGAUUACAGAGUAAUUUUCCGGAGAUUCUUCAACCGAAUAUAGCCGAUAUAACAGCCGACAAUUAUAAGUUCAGGAGUACGAAUUCGGAACGUACACGAGCAAGCAUGGAAUCAUUCAUGGAAGGACUUUUCGGUAGCAAAAAUGCCGUUUAUCCGGUCGAUGUACCCAAUGGAAAUGACAACUUCUUAAAGGCAUAUAGAAACUGCUCGAAAUGGCAGGAAGAUGAUCCUUCGGUUAGCGAGGAACGCGAUAAGUUUGCGGCGAUGACGGACGUUGCGCAAAACAUAAGUCGCCGAUUGGGCUUCCAAUAUACGCUUGCGAUACCUACCGUUAAUCUGAUGUACGACAUGUGUCGUUUUGAAAAAGCUUGGGAGGUGAGCAAAUUGUCUGCUUGGUGCGCACCAUUUAGCAAAGAAGAACUCAACGUGAUGGAGUACAUGGAGGAUUUGUAUUACUACUACGCAAUUGGAAAUGGACGAAAGAUGAACGCUCAGUUAGGAUGUCCAAUUUUACAGGACAUGUACAAUAAUUUCAAGCAAUUAGAAAGAGGAAACUUGACGGGAAAACCUCGAGGCGUUUUCUACUUUACGCAUACUUUUACGUUAUUGAGCCUUUUUACAGCGAUGGGAAUUGCCAACGAUCCGGAGCCUCUGCUCGCUUCUAAUUACCGACAAAUGACAAAAAGACAGUUCAGAACAUCCUUCAUAGCGCCUUUCAACGCAAAUUUGGUUGCCGUUUUCUACAGAUGCAAAAACCCCGAUGCCCCGAACAAAGUGAUGUUUUAUCUGCAGGAAAAACCGCUGAUGUUCGAAGGUUGCCAAGUAGGCUUGUGCGAUUGGGAAUAUCUCAAGAAUAAAUUCAGCAACGUUUUUUCCGAAUGCGAUCCAAACUUCUGCUCGAACGAAAAUGGCAGCGCCUCUAAUCGUGCUUGGAGCACGAUCAGCGUAUUAAUCCCCUUCGUUAUUUUUCUCAUGAGGAAAGUAAAUGAAUUCCCUGCGCGCCUGGAAUGAUGUGGUAUCAACGAUUGGCAUUAAUUAUAAAUUAUUCGUGAGGUAAACAAUGAACUAAAAAUAUAGUCAUUCGAAUGUUAGACUACGAGCGAGAGUUUACAAUGUAUAUGAAUAAGAAACCCGUCGAGUAUGCGUUACUUCAAACGGCGCGGGUUGAGCGGAGCAACGUUUUUCCUUAGUCCGGCUAUGCCCUUUAUUUUCGAAAUGGACAUGCCUCGCACGUACUCGCAUAUGUCGCAAUAAGCGAAUUCCGAAUACAUUAGGAUACCGUGAAUCGCGCGUUCUCUUUAUUUCGCAAAAUGUCAAAGUGCCAUUUCUUCGAAAGCAUUCGCGCCAGGAGAUGGGCAUGAAAUAAGUUUCGCUCAUUCAACGUAUAAACGCACGCACGCAAAAAUGUACCUACCGGUGUGUUGUAGUUGGCUUGAAAAAUAAAGUUGCUUAACAAUCGAA